ACUUUUCAUCUGGUGCAAUCCUUGACCCCACUUUCACUUUAGACUAUUUCUCACUGAUCCAUGCAAUUGGGCGUAUUGAGCUUGCCAACAAUAGCAGCAGUCAAGGUACCGCCCUGCUACCAUCUGGUCCCACAUUCUAAUGUAAAAGGUAUAAUAGGAUUUAUUACCGUCGUACAGGGACAGCAGAGCAAUUGGGCACCCAACUCAAUUCUACCCAUCCUUCGCACAUGAAGGGCGUUGCGAUUGCUUCCUCAACUCAUCAACCCUCGUCCCCUUCCUUCCUCCGGUGCACCCAGGAACAACACAAUCAACAAGUAAAGCAGCAGCACUGCAUGGAUAAAGAUUAGAGUGCAAACAGCGAAUCGAAGGAUGUCAACAUUCGACCCCGUCAUCUCGCCAUGGCUCGCUAUUGGCUCAUGCAUAGGCUUCACACUCAUGUUCGUUGGGUCCCUCUACCUCUUCCCCGUCAAGACCAAGAAGCCUCAGCCUCGUGAACAUCCUUCGCGGCGAUACAGUCUGCUGUCGAAUGCCUCGCAAUCAUCCGCUACAGGAGGAGUACCGUCAGCAGCCGAUGAUACCACCCCGCCAUCCUCACCAAGACCGUCGUCCGUCUCCUCGGUCUCGACAGCCAUGUCCUCCAGCACCACAAACAACACGACCACGACGACGACAACAGCAACGACCACGACCACGAUUAUCACCACAAAGUCGCCCGCGAGUGGAGCUGGAGCCGACAAUCGAGCACAUCGCACCAGUACGCACCUUCUCUUUAUCGAGUCCGCCAACAGCAUCUCCUCCUCAGCCUCAGCUUCUUCCUCACCCGCCUUAUCCGCUAUUAAUCCUGCAACAAUCACGUCUACAUCCACGCUUUCGCCAGCAGCUUCAUCCGCGCUCUUGGCAGCAGUCUCUGUAAAUUCGACUGCAGCGCGUCCAGAGGUCGCCAUUCAUUCGUAUGCAUCCUCGCAGUACGAUCGAAUCCUGGCUUCACGCCUCUUGGCCCAUCCUGAGCAUCCUCAGCAACAUCAGUCAAACCAGCAUCAGCAUCAUUUGGUCUCGCCGGUUGAGGUCCAGAAGCUCGAUAGGGAUCACCCACUGGUGAUCAUCCAGCGAUUUAAGGGCAUCCUUCUUACGUCUUUUCUGGUGCCCUUGUAUCUUUGGUGGCUCUUCAAGUUCUCGGGCGCCAUUCCAACAGAUCAGUCGUUCUGGACACGGCUGGGUCAGUUCCUGGGCCUGCUGGGCAUAGCCUUCCCGGAGAGCAUCUUCCAGCUGGCGAAUCAUAUUGUGGUCCCACUGUUUUUGGUCGGGGUCCUGUUUAUGGGCCCCGUACUAAUGAUGUUCCUGAGCAACGAGCUGCCGUUCCAGCAGGCUUUUGAUUGGGCAAAACAACAGCAGCAUCUAAGGGGUCUCCUAGGGAUCAGAAACUUUGUUGUUGGUCCUGUUUCAGAAGAAUUCAUCUUUCGGGCGUGCAUGGUCGCAAUCGUCGCCCACUCUGGAGCCUCGGCCUCGGUCAUGAUCUUUGGUCUGCCCUUAGUCUUUGGUAUCGCACACAUCCAUCACGGCUACGAAGCCUACGCCAAGAAGGGUCGUACACGCCGCGCGUUGAUGAAUGCUGCCCUCAUGGCCUGUUUCCAGACCGCAUAUACCACCCUCUUUGGCUGGUUCGCCACCUUCCUGUUCCUGAGGACAUCUAACUUGAUCGCCCCUUGUCUCUGCCAUGCAUUCUGCAACAUGAUGGGCUUUCCAGACGUUACCAACAUCCAAUACUUUGGCCGUAUGAAAUAUUGGCUGUAUCUGGCCUUUGUCUCUGGCCUGAUCCUGUUUUGUGUCGCGCUAGGGCCAUUAACCAAUCCGGAAUUGUAUGGCGACAAGAACAGCUUGGCCUACUGGCGACUCACCAUGGGAUCAAUGGAGCCAAGCUCAGACACAUAGAACCAAAUCUGGAUAUAAAAUAAAAUAAAAUAAGAUA